AUCCAAUGGCAGGAGCCAGGUACUUAUCCUGGUCUCCCAUGGGGUGCAGGGCCCAAGCACUUGGGCCAUCCUCCACUGCACUCCCUGGCCACAGCAGAGAGCUGGCCUGGAAGAGGGGCAAACGGGACAGAAUCCGGCGCCACGACCGGGACUAGAACCCGGUGUGCCAGCGCCGCAAGGCGGAAGAUUAGCCUAGUGAGCCGCUGCGCCGGCCCUUUCUUUCUCUUUAUCUCUCCCUCUCUCUCUGUAACUCUUUUAAAUAAAUAAAUAUAUUUUUAAAAUACCGGAAGCCCAGAACUUAAUCCAGAUCUCCUACGUGGGUACCGGAGACCCAAGCAAUUGGAUCAUUACCUGCUGCUUCCCAGAGUUCACAUUAGCAGGAAGCUGGAACUGGAAGUGGGGCUCGGACCUGAGGCAGGCACUCCAAAAUGGACCGCAGGCUUCCUAAGCAGCAUCUUAACGGCCACGUCAAAUGCCUGCCCCAGAAAUACCUCUGAACUAAAUAGAGUCUCUGGAUCAAGAGGACUUGUGUCUGGAUUAGUAGGGACUGUGUGAAUCACAACUCCUGAGCUCUGAGCUAAAAUUGUUCACGAGCUGGAACUUCUGUCUUCCCUAAAAAGUGGGUGAGCUGGGGCCAGUGCUGUGGCAUAGAGGGUAAAGCUGCCAUCUGCAGUGCUGGCGUCCCAUAUGGGUGCUGGUUCGAGACCUGGCUGCUCCACUUCCAAUCCGGCUCUCUGCUAUGGCCUGGGAAAGCAGUACAAAAUGGCUCAAGAGCUUGGCCCUUGCACCCACAUGGGAGACCUGGAGGAAGCUCCUGGCUCCUGGCUUCAGAUUGGUGCAGCUCCAGCCGUUGUGGCCAUUUGAGGAAUGAACCAGGAGAUGGAAGACCUCUCUCACUCUCUCUGCCUCUUUCUCUGUAACUCUUCCCUUCAAAUAAAUAAAUGAAUCUUAAAAAAAAUGUGGGUGACUGUGUUCUGCAUAUGGAGAGGAAAGAACUGACCCAGAAGGUGGCUAAGAUCAUAUUACUGUUCAUGCCCUUGUAUCAUUCUCAGCACUCAAGAAAGGGCUAUAUCUAUUAGCUUUUAACCAAUAAAAUAUGGCAAAAGUGACAAUGUCACGUCCAAGGUCAGCUCUACACUUCACUCUGUGUGCCCCCUCCUGCUUCCUCACUCGCUCACUCUGAUGGAAGCCAGCUGUCCCAGGAGCUGCCCACAGAGAGACCCAGCGGCAAGGAAGCCCGUGAGAGUUGAGGCCUUCAGGGCAGCAGCUCAUGGGAGCUGGAUCCUCCCAACAACUACCUGAAUGAAUUCAGAACCUUCAAGUCAGACUGCAGUCCUGGCUCACCCCUUGGCUGUAGCCUUACGAGAGACUUGGACACAAAAGCAUCUGUUAGGACAUUAGUAACCGCCCCAAAUUCACUUGUUGAAGUCCUAACCCCCCAGAGUGACUGUAUUUGAAGAUACAGCCCAGAAAGAGGUCAUAAAGAGGUGGAGCCUUAAUCUGCGAAGACUGGUGUUCUCAUACAAACAGGAAGAGACACCAGAGCCUGCUGUCUCUGCAUCACACAGAAGAAAGCGCGUGAGGACGUAGCAAGAAAGCGGCCAUCUACAAGCCAGAGAGAGAGAGGCUUCACCAGAAACCAACACUGACAGGGACUCUGAUGGAGAGACAGGUGCCCAGCUGGGUAGCCAGGGACCAGGGUGCCCCUCCCCACUCUCUGGAGAUAAGAAAACCCAAGCCACCAGCUUCUGGGAGGGAGGUGGAUGCCACGUGCUAGUCCUUGGAAUCAAGGUUUUUCUGGGCUGCUGUCACGGAUCUAGGUAAUGAGAAUUCUGUCUUUUUGUGGGGGAAAGUUUCAUGUGUCCCCUGUUGAGCCUCAGUUGGAACCAUCAUCCAGUUAAUCACUGAAAACCAGCCCUUUCCCGGACCCAUCCUCAGAGCGGCCGCCUACAGCCUAUAAAGCCCCAAUCAGCCUUCAACGUGGCUCCCUCUUGCAGGCCUCUCAGUGCUGCUGGCGGUUUUCCUUUCUCUUUUGCUUUCUUUAGGGGUCCUCUCGGUGCUGUUAAGUUUUUUUUUUUUUUUUCCUCCUUCACUAUGGUUUUCUUAACUUCUGAUUCAUGCAACCUUGCUUGUCCGGGCAUCCUCAUUCUUCGUGAACACGAGGCACGAACCCCGCAGAGAGAAAAGGAAUGGUGAUCUUAAUCAUACAUCUAUUGAAGCAAGCCUGUAGCUCCUAGAAGCGGAUAAACAUAAUUUGCUAAAUCAUCAGCUAUGAGUUCCUUCCAGAAAACCCCGGAAAUGGAGAGCUCCCACACAAGAUUCAGUGCCUGGACACCUUUUAAAAACAAGUCCUUAAAUAGACAGCUCUUUCAGGAAAGAGUUGCUCUCAUAAGUCAUUGGUUUGACCUCUGGACCAGCAAGCAACGUCAAGAAUUCCUAUGCACGAUUUUUUCACGGUGCACAAAAUCGCAAUUAAGGUUUGUCCAAGACUGGUUUUCAGAAAGGACACAAGUAGCCAAAGUGGAUUUCUCUACAGUGUUACCACGCUUCAUUUCUCUGUAUAUUUUUUCCUUUCUGAAUCCUAAAGACCUGUGUGUAGCUGCCCAAGUCAGCUGGCCCUGGAAGUUUUUAACUGAACAGGAUUGCAUAUGGAUGCCCAAAUGCGUCAAGUUUGGAUGGUUUCUGCCCUACACGCCAACAGAGAAUGAGUAUGGAGCUUGGAAGCACCACUAUAUUGCUUGUGUGUCCAACUUAGAUUGGCUAACGCCUAGGGAAGCCACUGCUAUUUAUGGGACGCUGAAUGAACCUAAAACUGAUGAUGAGGAGCUACAGGAGAGACAAAGAGAGAGGUGCCUAAGGAAAAUAAUUUGGGAUAAAAUUGCACUGCGUAAGAAGGAGUUAUUCAAAGUUCGGCCCCCUUGGGUGAGUGGAACAUGCUGCUCUAGAUUGUUAAAAUCCAAAUGCCAGCCACGUCUCUCCCAGACUGUGAGGGCCCGAAUGGGAUUACACGAAGCUCAGGAGAAGCUGCUUCUGGCAUCACUAGAAGCUUUGCCCAAGCGAAGCAAUGUUUCUGGAAGACAUUCCUAUCCUUUAUUAUCAAAGAAAAAUUGGCAUGGAGCUUACAGAGAUGACAACAGCAAUUCAUAUGCUCUCCAGCCACACUUCAUUCUAAUAUCAUCCAGGAUUCCUGCAUAUGAGAUGGUGGUGGAGAGUGUGAAGGCAGACGUCAUCUCUGUUGUAUAUGAACACAGUGGCAUCACCUUGGAGAGCCUGCUUUAUCUCAUAGAAAAAGCUCUGGCUGGGCGGAAGGCACAGAGCAUGGGCCUAUUUAGUGAUGGAAACAGCAGAGAAAUCCAUUUGCUCCAAGGCUGUAAAAUUGGCAUUAAGAAUCUACUGAAGCCUGAAGUGAGAGACUUCUGGGAGAAAUUAGGAAGCUAUGUGGCCACUGAAGAAGAAGGAGGACACGUAGACUUGUUUGUGCCACUUGGAGCAUCAGAGGCAGGCACUGAAGUUCUUGCUCAGCUGUCUCAGCUGACUGGUACCUUCUUUACUGCCCCCACUGGGAUUGCAACUGGCUCUUACCAACACAUUCUCAGUGACUGGCUGGGAGCGCUGUGGGAAAGGCCACCGCCUGCCAUCUACUUCAACGAAGUCAAGCUGCGCAUGUGGUCCCGCAUCACGGACUUCCUGGAAGACACCCUGACAGCGGUGAGGAAGCAGUUACGUCCUCUCUUCCAGGAGCUGCGGAAGAGCAUCAGUGGCCGGAUGAUAGGGCAGUUUCUGUCCGACACUGCGGGUCUGACCAACAUUGUGAAUAACCAAGAAGUUGCAAGAGCUCUGGCAGAGGGAUUGGUGGAAUUGUCGAAAGCAGAUUCUGACAACCCUUUGGAAUUUUUGUCCUGUUUUUUGCUAAAGGAAUGUAAUAAGAAGAACAAAGAUUCUGAAGGAAAUGUCAUAUUGACAAAGUGUGACCCAAAGGGUAGAGGUGUCACAGAAGACGGUGCUCGGGACGCGACACCCACUCUGGGCACAAGCGACCUGGAUCUCGAGGUGCUGCUUAAGCUGGAGAGAAAGCUCCAGCUGGACUCGGCAGAAAAGCGAGCCAGAGUCGUCGGGGAGCUCGUACAGAGCGAGAGGAAAUACGUGCAGACGCUGGGGACUGUGAGGGACGUUUACGUCACGCCGCUGAAAGCAGCUUUGUCGUCCAACAGAGCAAUCCUGAGUGCUGCGAAUGUGCAGAUCAUUUUCGCUGAUAUCCUGCGGGUGUUACAUCUCAACAGGCAGUUUCUAGAUGACCUGAGAGACAGACUGCAGGACUGGGGCCCUGCUCACUGUGUGGGGGAAAUAUUCCUGAAGUUUGGAAGUCAGUUGAACACAUAUACUAAUUUCUUCAACAAUUACCCUGUCAUUCUGAAAACCAUCGAGAAGUGCAGAGAAGUGACGCCAGCCUUCCGCGCGUUCCUGAGGAGGCACGAUAAGACUGUGGCCACCCAGAUGCUGAGCCUGCCGGAGCUGCUGCUGCACCCGGCCCAGAGAUUUGAAGAAUAUCUCCACCUGCUCUACGCGCUGCGACUUCACACUCCUGCGGAACACGUGGACCGUGUGCACCUGACCGCCGCCAUCGACCAACUCAGAAAAUACCAGGGUUACAUAGAUCAGAUGAAACGCAGCGUUCACCUGGAAGGCCAGCUGUCCGAUAUACAGAGAGCCAUUUGGGGGUGCCCCACUAUAUCAGAAGCAAACAGGUAUCUGAUCAGGGUCCAAGAUGUAGCCCAACUUCACCGCUAUGAUGAGGAAAUAAGUUUCUCCUUAAGCCUCUACCAACACGUCCGUGACCUCAGCCUCUUCCUCUUCAAUGACGUCCUGCUCGUGUCUGGCCGGGCCGAGGCGUACACGCCAUUCCAAAGGACUUCGAAGACAACCUACCAAUUCAUUGCAUCAGUGACGCUUCACAGCUUACUCGUGGAAGACAUCCCAGAUUCCAAGUAUGUCAGGAAUGCAUUUAUUCUUCAAGGUCCAAAACGUGAAUGGAUUUGUGCUACAGAGCUGGAGGAUGACAAAUUCCUGUGGCUGUCAGUACUCCAAAAUGCAAUCAGAAGUAGUAUGGACAGGUGAGACUGAGCUUACAGAAAACAUCAGCGGUGCCAGUUCUCCCUGGCGAAGACAGAUGUGCAUUUGUCAUUCCAGAAUAUCCAGGAACCAGCAGAAUGACUGUCAUGGAUGAUGACAGGAUGAACUAUGAGGACCCGGGAGGUGGCUUCCAGCUUUUAAACUAUUUCAUUUACAGUCAGUUAUGUGGAAAGCACAAUGAGAACAAUCUGAGUUCAAAAUUUCAAACUCCUCUUUUUGGUAGUCAUUUUUUACAGAAAAUAUUUAGAACUUAUGUGAAGAAACCAAAGACAAAGUGAGAUACUGUGUACAUAUUUGAUAUAAUGAGAUAAAAUCAGAACUGUAAUUUUUUUUAAAGAUUUGAGAGGGAAAGGUCUUCCAUCCACUGGUUCAUCACUCCCCAAAUGGUCACAACAGAGAGAGCUGGGCCAAUCCAAAGCCAGUAGCGAGGAGCUUCCUCUUGGUAACCCACGCAGGUGCAGGGGCCCAAGCACUUAGGCCAUCUUCUACUGCCUUCCCUGGCCAUAGCACAGAGGUGGAUGGGAAGAGCAGCUGGGACACAAACUGGACCUAUAUGGGAUGCCAGCACUGCAGGCAGAGGUCUAGUCUAUUAUGCAACAGCAUUGGCUCCCAGAAUUAUUUCUUAAAUGAUCAGUCUAGAAAAAUAUUUUAAUUUGUUGGUGAUGUACCAAUCACCUUUGAUAUCUUCCUGAGAGAAUUACUGACUUGAAAAUAUAAAAAAUGGCAAUUUACUAAAAAAUGUGUCAUGCAUGCCCUUAAAUAUGAAUGGACUCCUUUAGGGUAGUAAAGAUAUACCACUAAGGGCUGCCAUUGUGACAUGGCAGGUAAAGCUGACACCUGCAAUGCUGGCAUCCCUGUGGGCACCAGUUUGAGUCCUGGCUGUUCACUUACAAUCCGUCUCCCUGCUAAUGCACCUAGGAAAGCAGUGGAGGAUGGCCCAAAUGCUUGGGCCCCUGUACCCAGAUGCGAGACCCGGAAGCAGCUCCUGGUUUUGGCGUGGCCUAGCCCUAGUCAUUGCAGGCAUUGCCUAGCAGUGAAGAUGCCCACAACCCACAGUGAAGUACCCGGCUUCGAUACUUAGCUCUGGCCCCUGAAUCCAGCUUCCUGCUAAUGCAGACCAUGGGAGGCAGCAAUAAUGACUCAAAUAAUUUGAUUCCUGUCACUCAUAUGGGAGUGCCUGAUUGAAUUCCCAGUUCCUGGCCCCGGCCUGGCCCAGCCUCAGCUGUUAGAUGAACCUGAGCAAACCAGUGGCUAGAAGUGCUCUGUUGUGUAAAGAAAUACUUCAAAAAAUGAAAUUAAAACAAUCUUGUUUAAAACAAACUACAAAAUAGCUGCUGAGUAAUUUCCUGGGCCUUUACAGCCUUUGGCUAAUUACUGAACAAAGUGAAACUACAACCUGUUGGUCACGUGAAAACUUCAGCUGAUGUAGGUGGCAGUAGUAGCAGUUUUACAUAGUUAAUAUUAGAUGAAAGCUAUAUUAAUCUUGGAAACUACAGGCUGUCAGUUUUCUUUUUGCUUCCUAUUAAAGUAAUAAAACUAAUAGUAAAGUCUAGGAUUGUGAACCUAGGCUAUUUAGAUUUUUUUUUUGUCUUUCCACAAUGCAAGUGAAUUCUAAUUUCUAAAAGUAUAAAUUCUUGUUAAAAAUAUACAAAAGUUUAAAUGUAUGGUUUUAUUAGUAUAAAGCAUAUUUCUCGUUCUGUGAAAGUACUGUACAGUCCAUGAUCCCACAGAUAGAAUAAAUUUUAAAGUUGAACAUAUCUGCUUUAGCACUGAAUGUAAAUUUACAAAUGUCAUCAAAAUGAAUAUAUCAUAGAAAGUAAAUCAUAUCCCCAAGACACUAUAUUGUCCUGAAUAGGGGACAUUCUAGAAACUUUGUUAGCAGGUAAAACUGGUCCUGUCCAGAAGAAUCCAUGAGAAGGCAGCGGAUAGUAAAACUAGAAACCUUAAGGAGCGUCCGUUAAUUCUGUGAAUAACUGAUAUAUUCAGAAGUUUUAAAGCAUGUUGAAAAUCACCUCUGGAAACUGACAGCUAACUGGGUGACUGGGUGGUCUAUCGUGUGAAAAGCAGCAGCGUCUAAGUGGACAGUACUUAGGCUUCACACUUCUGCUUCUCCCCCAGGGACAAUCAAGAAUGACUUGAUCUCACAGCUACUUCAUGAGUUUACAUGAUUACUGAAAUCUCUCGCAAAAAAUUCCAGGUUUGGCAAGGAAAAUAUCUAACCCCAAAGGUGAUAGGCAAGAGAUGUCUGAAGCCUAAUGAACUCCUGCAGAAUGCUGAUUACUGCAAGGAAGAAGCCUUUGUUAGUGAAUUGGUGAAAAAUUGGUGAAAACUGCCUACAAUCAAUCUAGUGCUUUAAAAUAAACAUGAAACUUACUUUAAAGCUUUUUACAGAAUAAGUAGGUGUUUUAUAAGCUGCAGAGGGCAAAUUGACAAUUUUGCCUUCCGUUUUCAAAAAUUUGUCUCU